AUGAAGCUCUUUGCAGCCAUUCUCCUUUCCAUGGCCUCGGUCGCGUCGGCCUUCCCCGCCUUUGAGAAGCUCACGGUUGAGCAGCUCGAUCGGGCUAGGCAGAUGCUUGACGAGCGGCAGGUGCUUCCCAAUCCCAUUGCACCCAUCCUCGGUGGCAACAUGACCGUCACCGUCGGCAAAAAGGUCAUUCCUGAUGCCGCCCACCCAUUCAAGGCGCCCAGCGCCACGGCACAGCGAGGCCCAUGCCCUGGUCUCAACCUGAUGGCCAACUACGGCUACCUCGACCGUGAGGGCAUCACCAACUUCGAAGAGCUCGUCUACGGCCAGCAGGAGGUCAUGGGCUGGGGCUUGGACCUGUCCACUUUCCUGGCGGCCCUCGCCGUCGCCGUCGACGGCAACCCGGUGAACCAAAAGGUUUCUAUCGGAGGCCCCGACGAGCGUGUGGGCACUAUCCCCCUCCUUGGUGACGGCACGCUGCCCGGUGGCAUCCUCAAGCACAACACCUACGAGAUCGACUCGUCGCUCACGCGAGACGACGUCGCCAUUGGAAACAACAAGGUCCUCAACACCACUCUCUGGCAAGACAUUUGGGACGUGGCCGACGAGAUGAACGGUGGCCAACUCAACGGCAAGGUCAUGUCGGUCGUGCGCGAGAAGCGGUAUGAAGCUUCGGUGCGUGACAACCCGCAAUUUGCAUUUGCGCCCAUCGGCGUCCUCUUCUUCUUCGCCGACCAGUUCCUCUACAACACCAUGCCAACUGCACUGGACAACGGCGAGCCUGGUCCGGCGACACGCGAGACAAUCUCGCCCUUCUACGGUGCCAAGCGUACGGGCGAGCGAACGUGGGAGUACGUGCCCGAGCACCUGCCCGAGGGCUGGGUGCGCCGCGCAAGGCCCCUCUCGAUCCCAGAGGCCGUCCUCGCUGGCAUCGACACGGUCACGGCGGCAGCGAGCAAGGGACAAUUGCCCGUUGGCAUUACCAAGGAGGACCUGACGAGCCCCCAGGGUGUUGUGUGCGCUGUCAAGUCCAUCGCCAUCGGACAGGUGCCCGCGGCAGUGGUGGGCCUCCAGGGCAUGGAGAUGCUUCUGUCUUCCAUCAACUCCAUUGGUGCCCCCUGCUGA